CACAACGAAAGGAGAAAUGGCGUGCCGCCAAAAAUGACGAUCUCUUUAUUAAUUCCCGAGUAAAUUUAAUUACUCGACACUGAAAGGAUUUACAUUCGUCACAUAUAUUUUCAGAAAACACUAAACUUCACACGUACCAAGGGCAGAAGGAAGUUUGUUACUGGAGCAAAGAUCGAGUUUACCUGUUUAACGUCCAAGCCCGCGUUGUUCAGAUCGGGAUGCCCCGGAAAGAAGGAACUCAGAUGCUUCUUGGCGUUCGGCUCCUCCAAGUUUUCGGCUUCGUAGCAUUCAUUUCCACGGUCGCUGCUGACACUAUCCAUUCUUGUAACUUCGACACUGAUGAUUGUGGGUACCUAAGUCCAGUUAGUAAUGAUUUUGACUGGACAAGACACACGGGUGGCACCACAUCCGUUGACACUGGGCCUUCCUCUGACCAUACGACAGGCAGCAGUGGCCACUACAUGUACAUAGAGACUUCUGGUGAAACCCCGGGCUACAUAGCAGCUCUGCUGACCCCAAGCAUGAAUUCGACAAGUGGUCAGGUGUGCGUCUCAUUUUGGUACCAUGCGUAUGGAUCAUCGCUUGGUGAAUUACACAUGAGCCUUGUGACGUCAUCGGUAUACGUGACGAGGGACUUUUCGUUUGAUGGUGGUACAUCAGAAGAUAGGUGGAAAUAUGUAGAAACAUCUGCAAUGCUGACCGAGACUUCUUUUCAGGUCAAAUUCGACGGCAUACGGGGCAGCGGCAACUUUGGCGACAUAGCUAUUGAUGACGUCACCGUUAACGAUACGCUUUGUGCAGGCCAUGUAGGUUCUGCAAGCAACCCAGUCGUAACUGCGCUCACCAACACGUCAGCAAUGAUCUCGUGGGGCCUGCCGUCCAUUGGCACUGAGACUCUUCAGUAUUUCAUCGUAGAGGUGUACGACUGUAUGUAUGCAGUGACGCCCCAAUUGACUGUUUCUGAGAUUUCCGAGACAUACUUGACAGUGAAUGGCCUUACCCCGGGGAACGUUUACGUGUUUGCCGUUUACGCCAAUGGUACAAACAAUCUGGCCAGACCUUCGAAUGUUUCACAGUGGAUUGAUAACAAUCAGACUGUGCUUUUUAACUGUGACUUUGACACUUGCGGCAUAUGCGGCAUGCAGCAGGACAACACUGACGACACUGACUGGGACAGAAAUAAAGGUUCAACGUUGACUGCAAGCACCGGCCCCAGUUCGGAUCACACGACCGGGGUAGCGAGCGGAAACGGAGCGGGUUACUAUUUGUAUUUUGAGAGCAGUAGCCCCGUAUCGGUAAACGAUCGGGCUCGAGUGACAACCCCAACUGUCAACACCACCAACACCCAAGCGUGUCUUACAUUUUGGUUUCACGCGUAUGGCAGUAAUUUGGGCGUUUUUAAUGUAAGGAUUGUGACGUCAUCGGGGAUUGAAGUAAGGACCAUAGCGCAGUACCCCUCGUCGGUGAACAGCUGGGUGCAAAUUACGGUUCCUAUAGAAGAAGACAGUUUUCAGAUCCAGUUUGAAGCAAUUGACGCCAACGGUGUCGAAAGUGAUUUUGCCAUCGACGACAUUGUCAUCAUGGAUGGUUGGUGCGAAGGCCAUAGCAGCGGAAUUCGCAGUCCGGCAGUGACAUCCGCCAAUGAUAGCUCGGUGACCAUUCAGUGGACAGCGCCAUUACUGGGAAGUUCAGAUGUCCAACAGUAUACAAUCUUAGCGUAUCAGUGCAUGAAUAAGACGUCAGCAGAUCACGUGGUGUCCUCUAACUUCACUUCCGUAACUGUAACUGGACUGGCCGCCUACUCUAUGUGGACGUUCUCAAUACUUCCUGUGACGGCAGUGGCAAGUUUUCCAGAGACUGUUAAUAUCACAGGCUGGACACGGCCGCUUGACACUGCCCACUUGUGUAAUUUUGACUGUGACACGUGUGGGUACGUCCAGGCCACGGACGAUGAAAUGGAUUGGGUACUCAACUCUGGGUCCACGCCCACCUCUAGCACCGGGCCUACUGGUGAUCAUACCACCGGAAGCGGAAAUUACUUUUAUUUCGAGGUGGAUGGAGGCUCUAUAUCAUCUGAUUCUACCCCGGAGAAGGUGGUGUUCAAGAGCAACUUUUUUGGUUCAUUUGCUGCGGGAUUGUUCGAACCACCGAACACUAUCGACUUCGAGGCUGUGUUUGCCAACUUCGGAGAACGUCUCCUUGACAACGCAUACGUUUUUGGUUUCCUGAUUGCUCUGAUUGUCAUUUAUAUCCUGACCAUUUUCUACUGCCGAUGGAAAGAUAAAAAAGAUAAAGAGUUGUGGGCCUAUGCUCCCCUAACAGAUAAUCGACCCAAAGACUCGUACUAUUACCGCAUCAAUGUGCAGACUGCUGUGCGUUCCGUUUCACGGUGCUCCGCAAACAUAUUUUUCAUUUUACACGGAGAAAACGGAAAGACAAGACCGCGCCAUCUAGCGGACGGGGAAAGAAAGUGUUUUGGCAACGGAUCCACCAACAACUUUACCAUGGCGGUCCCUAAAUAUCUGGGCCGCCUGAAAUAUAUGCAAGUUUGGAUAGACGACACGGGCCCAUCUCCCCAUUGGUUACCGAAUAAGGUCAUCAUGUACGAUAUUCAGGAGCGUAAAAGGUUCUACUUUAUGGGAAGCCGUUGGCUGUCGGCGACCAAGUCAGACAAAAGAACAAACAGAUUACUGAAGAGUCAGACAGAGGAUGAGUUUAAGGACUUCAACGCUCUUUUCAGCGAAAACGCCUCCAAGAAUUUCUUUGACGAUCACCUCUGGGUAUCCAUAUUCAGCCGCCCUACCACUAGCAGGUUCACUCGUGUGCAGCGUCUGUCGGUGAGCGUGGCCCUGUUGUUCUUGGGUAUGAUAACCAAUGCCAUGUUCUACAGGGGAGACGACGAAGGAUCGUCUUCAAGUGGCCUGCAAAUAGGGCCUAUCACCAUCACAUUCAGACAGAUAUGGGUUGGACUUGUCGGCGCCUUGAUUGUCCUGCCACCAGCUGUGAUAAUGAUCGAGAUAUUCCGUCGGUCUCGGGAAAGAAAACGCUCUAAGACCCCAGCCUGGACCAUCGUAGCCGAGGCAAAUAUCAACUCCUCUGGUCCUCGUAUUGGACUUGAGGGGAGCAAGUGUGAUCUCUCGGGCGAUUUGAAGAAGCACAGUUUUGAAAAUGUCAACGAGGUCGAUGGAUUAUCAGGGAAGGGUUCUGAUGAGGGAAUUGGUAGUUUAGGUGGUUUGGGGUCACAAAAAGAUUUACAGCCAGUGGCCACUGUGUCUGACAUCCACAUUCCAUACACAUCUCCGGCCUUGCCGCCUCAAUAUCAGGAUAUCUAUUACGACAAGACGGAAGGCAGUGAUGACACGGACCUGUUAAUGGCAUUCGCACUCCAGCCUUCAUCAAACGAAGAUUUUAUGAAUACCCUGGAUCAUCUCGAUGAAUCGAAGAAAAAGAAGAAACCAAAAGGGCCACUGACUUUGCCCUGGGGAUUCGUGAUUAUCGGGUACAUUAUUGUGUUUUUGUCUAUUGCGGCCUCGGCUUUCUUUACACUCCUGUACAGCCUUCAGUGGGGGAAGGAGAAGUCGCUUGGCUGGUUGCUGUCCAUGUUCUUUACCAUAGUGCAGUCUUUGAUACUGGUACAGCCAAUAAAG